UUUACCACGUUUUUCUGACAAAAGCUUGUAGUGCAUUGCCUCAAAUUUAACAUAAUGAAACUCAUCACACAUAAUAUGCUGUCAAGCAAAACCAUCAAGGGCGUUGUUUAUGGAUACCCUCUUAUAAUUAGGGCAUCUCAGGUACUGACAAAAGAUGUUGAUUUCAACCCAGAGUUCAUACAGCGCAUGAUCCCCAAGUUGGACUGGUCUGCUCUGAAAUUUGCAGCAAAAUGUGUAGGGCAUGAAGAAGAUCUACCGGAUGAGCCUCCUGCCAACAUGGCAGACGAAGACGUUCUGAAGAGAAUACACCACGUGGUCAUGGAGGUCGAUGUCGUGGAUGGCUUUUUGGAAUGUCCAGAGACGAAGCGGCAGUUCCCCAUCACCAACGGCAUCCCCAAUAUGUUACUUAAUGAAAAUGACGUCUAACUUA